UCUGAGCAGAAAUAUGAUGCUCUCAAUGCAAUUUAUUCUUCUCUCAGUAAUUCCACUGGCUCUGGCUAGUCGAGAUGCAUAUCAGGAGAAAAUAUUCCAAAUGCACAAUGAAUAUCGUAAACAGAUACUGGAGUGUAAAGUGGACGGACAACCAGCAGCUAAGAGAAUGCCUCCUCUCAUAUGGGAUGAAGAACUGGCUAGUCAAGCGGAAGCAUUAUCUAAGUCUUGUACAUUUACUAACAAUAAUCCUACAAGCAGAAAAUAUAAUCCAGUUGGACAGAAUAUUGCUAGUUGUGGAACUGUCGAAGAUGUUAUGAAAAGAUGGUUUGGUCAACAGAUUUGGUAUAAUUUUACAGAGCAUAAGUGCAGUCCGUACAGACGAUGCAGACAGUACAUGCAGAUGGUUUUCGAAAAUACUACACAUAUUGGAUGUGCAGUCACAGAAUGUCCAUUCGAUGAAAAAUAUUCACACGCCUUGUUCAUAGUUUGUAACUAUGGUCCAGGGGCGAAAUUUUAUGUAAGACCAUAUGAAGCCAAGAAUAUAAAAGAAGUAUGUCCAUUGAAAGGGACUACAGUAGCUGCUCAACCGGAGCAUGGACAGCCACAGCCUAUGAAAUAUAAGAACAGAAAUAAACCAAGAAGGAAUAAAUACUAAUUAAUAAUUCAAUAUAAAAUCUGUGUUACCCAAUACAUGCAAACUUUUUCAAAUAUAAUGACUUUUAUAUUC